CAACAGCUCUAAAGUCUAAAGUCCAAAGACUAAACUCGAAGCCUCUCUCUUCACCCGAAAACAUUCCUCUCUAUAGUUUUCCACAACUUUCCAUUCAGAAUUUCCUUUCCCCUUCCUUUCUUUCAACAAAAGGAGAAGAAAAAUUAGUUAAAUUAUGUUCAAUUUCUCUAUCUAAAGCCCCAGAGAUUCCCUACAAUUAGAGAGAGAAAACCCGCAUCGAAAUUCCCACAUGUCUUCCCCAUCUUUAGCCGGAACGACUUCCGCUACGUCGGCGAAUGACCCUCACGCGCCUCUCCUCCGCUCCCGCCAGCCCGAUGCCCCCGCGGCUCGUCCUGCCUCACUGGCGCUUAUGUUGGGGCGGGUCACGGGGCGUCGUGGCGCCUCCGUGCUGGUGAGGGAGACGGCGGCACGUGAGCUGGAGGAGAGACGAGCGGACUGGGGGUACUCGAAGCCGGUGGUGGCUUUGGAUAUGUUGUGGAACACGGCGUUCGUGGUGGUGUCGGUUGUGAUGCUGAUCUGUACGGUGGAUGAGAGGCCUAACACGCCUAUUAGACUGUGGAUAUGUGGGUACGCUUUGCAGUGCUUGGUGCAUAUUGUUUUGGUUUGGUUGGAGUACAGGAGAAGAAACACUAGAAGAACAUCUGCUAGGGAUGAGGAGAGAGGAGAUACUACUGCUGCUGCAGGAGAUGCUAAUGAUAGUGAAGAUGAAUUAGGUGGAACUGGUUCAAAUCAAUCAAGUGUAACCAAACGAUGUGAAUCAGUGAAUACCAUGGCAUCAUUUGUGUGGUGGAUAGUGGGCUUCUAUUGGGUAGUUUCUGGUGGUGACAUCCUUCUUCGAAGUGCGCCACGUUUAUACUGGUUGGCUUUGGUUUUUCUGGCAUUUGACGUGUUAUUUGCGGUCUUUUGUGUUGUUUUGGCAUGUUUGAUUGGGAUUGCUUUAUGUUGCUGCUUGCCAUGCAUCAUUGCAAUUCUUUAUGCUGUUGUGGGGCAGGAAGGUGCAUCAGAAGCAGAUCUUAGCAUCCUUCUUAACUAUAAAUAUCAGAUUAUAAACAAUGGUGAGAAGACUUGCGUAGGGGCAGGAAAAAUGGUUCCCACAGAAACAAGCAGUGGAUAUUUGGCAAAUGAGCGCAUACUCUUACCCGAGGAUGCAGAAUGCUGUAUAUGUUUAUGCUCGUACGACGACGGUGAUGACCUCCAUGCUCUCCCAUGCAACCACCAUUUUCAUUCAACAUGCAUCGUGAAAUGGCUGAAGAUGAAUGCAACUUGCCCUCUCUGCAAGUACAAUAUUUUGAAGGGAACCGAACAAGUAUGAAAGGACAAAACAGAGACUCGAGCCCCAUACGUCGGAAUCCAAUCCGGUGGUUUAUACUUUCUGCAUAUGUACUGUAGAAAACCAAACCUUGGACAGCAGCAACUCUGGUUAAUAUCUUAGCCUUUCUUUUCGAUUAAGAAUGGAUUGAUUUUUCAUGCUUCAAAUGUUGUCUGUUGUUGUACUUUGCUUCA